AUGGCUCCUUUGCAACAGCAGCAGCAGGAGCAGCCAUUCCCAGAAGCCAAUGCUGAAGCCAUCAGCUUCCUCAACUCCUUCCGGCUAGAGGAUAUGCUUCUGUUUUUCCCGGAGACUCUGGCCAUCCUCUCAGACACAGGGGAACCUCAGGGAGAGUUGACCAUUGAAGUACAGAAGGGGAAGUACAAAGACGACCUGGGGAUCCUGACCGGCUGCCUGCUGGUACAUGCCUCUAGCCGUGGCUUCCUAGACAAGUCACUAUGUGGAAGCUCCCUCCUAGGCUACCUAAACGAGAAUCUGGAGUUAAUAGAGCAGCACAGUCAGGAGUUCAUCAAGUUUCCUAUCCUCCCCAUGGAAAGGAAGACGAGUGUCCUGAAGCGGGAUGACCAGUUCGUUGUGACCAGAAGUGUCAAGGAGGGUGAGGAAACGAAGACUGGAGUCUCUGUUUUCCCCUGUAAAUCACUCAAGGGCUUUGUCUCCAGUGCCACCAAUGUGGUGCUGCUGAGAGUGAUGGCCUGGCAGCAGUCGGUGCCCAGCGGGGCUCGCUUCCUAGCCUUGGACUCGGAGGGCAAGCUCUGCCAUUGCACCUAUAAAUCCCUGGGUUUCCAGACAAUCCACGUGGGCAACCAGCAGGCUGAAAUGUUCAUCGUGGAGCAAACCAUACACUCUGAAGAGGGCAUCCCCUUCUCCUGCCAAUUCUACUUGCUCUCUGAUGGGCACCUGGCUAAGAGAGUUCAGGUGGGCUCUCCAGGAUGUUGCAUCAUCACCAAGAUGCCCCUCAUAAGGGAGGAGGAUGUGAUUGAGUCUCCGCCCACGUUUGAUCAGAAGCCCCUGGUGUGGGAGGAAGAUCUGGAGCUUUACUCAAAAUUCCUGGACCGGAAGGAGCAGCUGCGCCACAGCCACACCAGCUAUCUGCGGCAGCACCCCGAGGCCCAAGCGCUGAUCUCCGACUUCCUGCUGUUCCUGUUGCUCCGCCGGCCGGAAGACGUGGUCACCUUCGCCGCCGAGCACUUCGGGCCCUUUGCAGCCCUGCGCUCGCCUAUCCCAGCCCUGCGAUCCUCACACCAGCCCAGCCCUUUCCGCACUCUGGAGUACGAGGAGGAGGAGGAGGAGGAAGAAGAGGAGGAAGAAGAGGAGGAAGAAGAGGAAGAAGAGAGAGUCGAAGAAGAGGAAGAGGAGAUAGAAGAGGAUGACUACUUGUACAUCGAGGAGGAUGAAGACAUCGAGGACGACAUCUACUAUGACAGUUAUUAUGACAACUACGAAGACGUUGACAAUUACGAUGAUGAAGACAAUUAUCAUGAUGAUGACAAUGUUGACGACAAUGACGAUGUUGACAAUUAUGAUGAUGACGACGACGACAACAACAACGAUGAUAUUAUCGACGACAAUGACGAUGAUGUCGACGAAGUCAAAGUCAAAGUUGACAACGUCAAUGUUGACAAUGACAACGAUGAUGUCAACAGUGACAAUGUCGAUGUUGAUAAUGAUAACAACAACCAGGGUUUGGAUCCCGAAAAGGACUAGGUGGAUGGCUGGAAGCGGGAGACUGGGACUGGCUGGGGCUGCGGCCUCAGUGGGAGUUAAGCAGGAUCCUUUCCGGGUGCUACACUGCCAGCAGGGACUAUAUUUAGCCAACUCUUCUUGCAAAAAAUGGGAAGUUUUAAUUUCGUUUACCCAGCAAGUUUCAUCUUUUCUUCCUAGAGUCUAUUUUCACAGUUAUUUCAGAGAAAAUAAAAUUAAGGCCUGUGGCCAGA